GCGGCUCAGUCAACUAUAUCGCUACCUCCGGAUCAAACCGUGUUCUAAAAAAGCGGCACCUAAACAUUUAUUUUUACAGUUUCUUGUGCAUAUACACAUAUUUUGUCAUAUUUUUAUUCGCGUGUGUUAUUAAGGACAUUAAUCAGAAUGAAUUGCAACAUUUUGUACUUCGUGUUUCUGUCAAUUAUCGGCUGUGCUUUCGGACAAAUAUCAAAUAACUUAGAUUUAGACACAUCUAAGCUAUCAAAAGAUAUGGAAACAAAUUUAAAGGAUCUGGGAAAGACAUUUCAAGAAAAUGGUGUUAACUUGCCAGAAUUAAAUGUGACAAGCGUGAAUGUAGAAAAGGUGGAACAAGUUUUAAGAGAAAAAUGCGAAAAACAAGGUGCUGGAGAUGUCGUAGACUCGAUUAAGGACAAACAAGAAGAAAUUAAAAACUGCGUUACUGAGAACGUCAACGUUACCCAAGUCCAGGAGGAAUUGGAAGAAGCGAAGAAAACUGGAUCAAUGGAUGUUGUGUUCGCAAAGUACUGCAAAAAAUGGCCGGAAAUAUACGAAUGUGUUGAGAAUGUUACAAGCGAGGUGCGUAGAUGUUUGAGCGAAACCGAGGAGAAAACCUUCAACAGAACGCUAACGAUUGUUAGCGAACUGCAAGAAUUUAUGUGCUAUAAGGAUGGAGAUCGUUUGGCAAUGUUUGUUGCUGAAGGAGGAGUUGAGUGCGUCGAAAAACAAAAGGAUGGCAUUCAAGACUGCUUAAAUGCGACAUUAAAAGAUAGGUUACCGUCAGAUGUAGAUGAAUUAUCUGUUGCAUCAUUGCCUGUGUUGGCUUUUAACCAAGAAACUUGCCAAGAUUUUGCCACAAUUCGUGACUGCGUCACAAACGUUUUGGAAAAGUGCGAGAAUACCACUCCGGCUAACAUAGUUGAUGCUUUCUUUAAAUUUUUGAAGAAACAAAUGCCCUGUGGAGAACCAGCGGUACAAACAGUUGCAGCCAGUCAGCAGCCUAAGAGCUCCGGCGUGAGUCUAAGCUCCUCCUUGGUCACCUUUGUCGUAAUGAUACUUUCCAGAUUUUAUUAAUUGAGUUUAUUACAUAUUUUUAUUUUAAAAAUUGAUAGGGCAUUUGAUUUGUUUGAUACUGUUCUUUUAGUUGAAAAUUAAUCCUUCUAUUUGAUUGUGUUUAAAACUACAUACAUAUAAUAAUAUGUUAAAUUAUUAAAUAGAAACCAUACCAAAAACUAAUUAUGGCCAGCUUUUGUAUAGAUGGACUAAUUAAAAGAAAAUAAUAUGUAAUUUGUAUUAAUAAUAUAAACACAUUUGAACUUUUAAUGUUGCUUGACGUAAUCAAACACAUAAUUGUAAUUACAAAUUAAAAUGCCGGGUGCAUACUAAAAAUUCAAUCACAGGCACGAAAAACGGGCACUUUCAAAUUUUGAUAUAUUUUAGAGUUUAAUAGGUAUAUUUUGUUCUACUGGGCCGAUUUUGAUGAUUUUUUAAGCAAUUUGUAGACCUCUCUUCAGUCCUUCACCCUACGUGAGAGUAUGGUGACAUCAUGUCUUGAUUCCCCUCACUUCCUCGGACCAAGUUGUUCGACACUGCACCAUAUGUGAGGCUUCGGGGAGGUUGUGGCCCACUAGGGUUUUGAUUUGGUCUACCCACCUCUUAGGUGACCUUCCACGUGAUCGUCUUCCCUCUACCUUCCCUUCCAUCAGUCUCUCAAUUGACGUGCCACUCCUGGCAAUAUGGCCACAAUAUCGGAGGAUUGACUGAUUUAAUUUGGUAACCAGGCGUGUCUCAAUUUUUAGUUCUUCAAUAAUAGAAAUGUUUGUUCGACGAGCGGUUCAUGGUAUUCGCAGCAGCCGUCGAUCUACUCACAUCUCCAAGGUGUUUAUUCUUUGCUUAUCACGUUCCAUUAGUGUCCAUAUUUCAGAGCCAUACAUAGCUAUGGAGAAAAUGGGGGAGUUUGUAAUGCGCAGUUUAGUUUUCCGUUUGAUUACUGAAGUUUUCCAUAUCUUAGGCUAAGAACAUAGUGAAGCGACGAGGAUAGCGGCAAGCAAGCCUCGAGGUGCUGAAACAUAGUAGAUCGGCGAGGAAUAGCGAGGUACUUGUGCAAAUUUAUUAUUUUCAUUUGCUUAUUGAUAAUUUAAAAUGUUAACAGUGGCAAAAAUUAUGGGCAGUAGUGUCGCAAACAUUUGGUUACAUGAAAUUUUCAAAAACCGGAGAAAGUGUGGCAAGUUUUAUAACCUUCACGAAAAUUUGUGGCCACUUCAUCUCAUAACUUAUCUAAAAUGUACCGGUUAUAGUGAUUACUAUCUUUCUGAUCCCAUAAAAUCUCUCUUACAAGUACUAAAUCUGUUAAUUUUUGGGAAUCUAUCAUUUUCUACAGCGCGACAGGGCCACGAAAACAAAAUUAUUUGAAUCGAUCUCACCGCUCGAUCUAACCGCUCGAGCAGAUCGCUUUACUACGUUCGGACGUACUUGUCUUCACAGGUUUGUUUUGAACGCAAUGUCGCGUUGCUUGCUCGCCGCUAUCCUCGUCGCUCCACUAUGUUCUUAGCCUUAGUCAGCUUUGUUGUUGCAUUCCUUGCCAUUGCAACUCUGCGCUUGAUUUCAGCCUCGCACCCUCCAGAGUUUGCUAUCGUGGAACCUAAAUAGUUGAACUGGCUCACAACCUUGUAUCCAGCCACGAUUCGGACAUCAGGUUGGUUGUUGCGGAGGCGGUCAAUCAUCGUCUUGGUUUUCCGUUUGCUUAGUUCCAAGCCAUAUUCUUUACUAAUAGAGCACAGUACAGCCAUAACUUCCUGCAACUCUUCUUUGCUGGCGGCUAUAAUUACGGCUAUAAUCAUCCGCGUAUCUCAGGUUAUUUAUCCUCCUGCCCCCAUGGAUAUCCCAACGUUCCAUUUUUCUAUUACUCGACGCAUGAUAUAUUCAGUGUAGAUAUUAAACAGGAUUGGCGAGAGUAUACAUCCCUGCAGGGCCGCGCCGACCCCUGGCAAAACCUAUGAUGCGCCUUUUUUGUCGUCUUUAUUCGACAUGACAUUUUUUUAUUUUUAAUAUUUGGACUGAAAUAUGUUCUGCAGUUUUAUAUAAUUUUUAAAUAUAUUAUUUUCCUAAAUAUGUAAAAACGGUGCGCUUCCGCUUGUCAAUUACUACCAUUUAUAGUAUGGCCAUCGUGCUCAUAAUCAACUCUUUGGAGUUUUACGACCUCUGGAUCUCUGGAUCAGGAAGUUUAAAAUUCAGCUUCGACAUUUAACUUUUUGGCAAUUUACAUGGUAUCAUUUACAAAAUUUGUGAAAAUUUUUGUCGGUUCUAAUUUCUAUCAAAAACUUCUUUAAUUCCGUUUAAGCAUCUAAAGCUUCUUGCAUAUUCAUAUCGAUGGAUUGUUGACUUGCUUUCACAAAAUUUACUGUUGUCAAUAAUAUAUGUCAUGCCUAUACAUUUAGUAAAGAAAUAAAUGAAAAAGUACAUAUUUUUUCUGAAAUUAGACAUUUAGCAACAAAAUAAAAGACUAAUUCACCACAAUUCACCUAAGCACUUUACUUUUCCACUGAACGCGCCUUUCACUAAUCAUGUUCAUUAAGCAUCAUCAGCAGAUUAUUAUUAAAACUGACGCGUCCAGUGCAAAAGUUAAGUGUUUGAUAUACUGUGGUGAAUUAGGGUUUUAUAUUGCUGUUGUAACACCAAAGGCUCUAAGUAUAAUAAACAUUUAGCGUCAUAUUUUUUCUUCUGAUCGAAUGAUGCAGGUGCCAUUUGAUAUAUCAUACCUAUAAGGAAUACAUUUGGGAUAAAUUUGUAUACCAAUUUUUGUUUUAUUUUCAUUUUGCUUGACCAUCUGUUUUCGGAUAAUGGUUUUAAGGUUAGAUUUAAAAUAUAUUUUUUUAAUAAAUCCCAUCUUUUGAUAGAGGACGAAAAAUAUCUAUAUAAUUUUUGCACAAUGCUAAAUAAUCCAGUCGUAAUAAUUGAGGUUGACAGUGUCCUUUACUGCUAGCGAAGGGUAUAUGUAUAUAAAAAGCGCGAGGUUUAGACCCAGUAAAUUUUUUUUGAAGACCAUUGUUCUUACCGAGCAUAUUUUAAGACCCACAUUCAUUUUUUUAGUUCUUCUACGAGUAUUAUAAACGAUGUUAAGCCAGCGCCAUCUGUAUAGAUAAUCAUACAAAACGCUAGAAAAUGCUUUCCUAUUUUAAACAUUUUAGUUUCUGUGUUAAAACUGACAAAUCUUAUAAUGUUACAAAUUUGCUCUAGGUACGUGUCAGCAGUGCAUUCAGCAGUACAACUCAGUAUUAUUUAAAAAAUGGCGCUGGCACUUCAUCCGGCGCCCCUAUUGCUAUAGCGCCUGUGUGCGCCGCAUACUUCGCACACAUGGGCGGCUCGGCCCCGCAUCCCUGUCUCACACUUGCGUUUCUCUUGAAACCAUUCGAUAACGUGUUAAUUUGUAGAUACAUUAUUUGAAUUUUUAGUAUCUCUUUCUAAAUUAAAAGUUAAAAUUUCCAUCUGUCAUUUGGGGGGAAAACAAAAUGUUGAUGUUAACAAAGCAAGGAAUUUAAAAACUAUUUUAUCAUCUUGGCGCGUCUUUUUCAUUAGUUUGUUUUUUCAUUCAUCUCAUUAGUUUUGUUUUUAUUGGAUACAUUCGCUUUUGAAUAAGACAGUAACUAUUUACAGCAAUGAUGGCAUUGUUUUUAGGUCUUCAUCAACACACUUAUAAAAUAGAGUGUAUUGUUUUGGUAAUAUCACUAUCAUUGAAAAGUCAUAUUACUAUUGUUUACUGACGUUUACUCUAGAAGAGAUUGUUUUAAGUUUUGAAGCAUCGGCUGUUGUUGCCUUAAUUGAUUCUGGUAGAGAUCAACUUUUGGACUUAAAACCAAUCUGCUAGAGUAACUGCCCAACAGACAACAAUAAUUCAAUUUUUGAAAGACAAUCACAUUACAUAAAUCAUAAACACUAUUUUAUAGGUCUGUUUUCUAGGAGUAAAAGCAAAGGCGUGGUUUUAAUG